AUAAGUUAUAACUAGUGUUUUCAAAUCAUGUCGGAUAUUAAAAAUGUUAUAGAAUUGCUAUGUAAACAUUUGAAUUUAUCAAUUAAAGUGGCAAUUCAACCAGAAUAUUUUAGGUUAUCUAAAUAUAAUAAUACAACGCAAAAAUCUGAUAUAUUAUGGACGAUAUUACACAUAUUAAGCUUUUAUGCAGCGAAAGAAAAGCAAAAUGACAUAUACUUUGAGGAAUAUGAUAAAUUAUCUGCUACAAAAUUAUAUUUCGCUUUUUUACAAUAUCCAGCGAUUGAAUUUUAUAGUUUAUCAGAAAGCUGCCAUAAUAAUAGAGUACUUCUAUUAGCAUUUGCAUGGCUUUUAGCUACACAAAAUGUUUUAAAUAUCGUGGUACGUGUCAACUUGACAUCUAGUCUUUUAGGAAGGGAAUGUUCAUGCCCUGAUAUAUCUUUGAAAGAAGUAUCUACAGUAGAAACAUCAUGCUCUGUACAUACACAAAUAAAAAAUAUUAUCCAUCACAAUAGUAAAAUAAAUUUUAAUAUUAAACAUAUAUCCGAAUUAAUUUGCAAAAAAGUUAAAUUGUUAAAUAAAGCUCAUGAUGCGAGCUUGAAUUUUGAUCAUCUUGCACAUAUGAAUGUAAUGGAAAUUGCAUUUAUAAAGCAUUUAUUAGCCUUACAUACAGAUUCAAAUUUUGUUCAAUAUAAACAACAAAAGUCAGAUUUGCGUGCUAUAGGAGUGAUGUUAGAUAUACAUUUAAAAUGGAUGGAAAAAGAACAUCUAUUUUAUGAUUGGAUGAUAAGUGUGAUCAAGGAAUAUGAGAAAUCUGUAGAUAUUAAUAUAAAUAGAAUAAGUUGGGAUGAAAUUGGUAGUUUCAUUUCUUUGUUGGAACAUGUUAUAAAAAAGAAAUUAUAUUCUGUUUACUCAGAAAAAACAGAAGACAAUCUGGAAUGUCGUAACACUUUCCAAUGUACAUCUCGUUUAUUAAGAACAUCCGAUAUCAAAUGUGAAGUUAAUAAAUGGUUAAUGGAUGUAACCAUUCAACUAAAUCAAAUAAAAGAAACACUUGGAAAAAAUAAAGAAGAGCUCGCAUUACAAUUGAAAAAUAUAUUAAUGAUCGUGCCAUUGUGCAUUCGAGUUUAAUACUGCUAUAAUAUUUUUUUAUGAAGCAUAUGUAGAAUUAUAAUUUUUAGUGGAUUUUUAUAAGGAUACCAUACGUCAACUAAAUUUCAUUUAUAAGAAAAAAAAUGUUAGCAGAAAUUAAAAAAAUCAAAUUAGUUAGGCCUAAUAUGUAUUAAACAGAAAUUUAUCUAAAUGUCACGACGUGGGAGUCGUUAUCAGGUCAAUUACACCGAACGAUGAAAUAAAAACAUUGAGAACCGUGACGAGAAAUAUA